UUUUUUUUUUUGCUUUUGGUUUUUAAUCAUUGAUAUUGGAAUACAGAAGAGGAGCCAGAAGUAUAUCGAUUUGGCUUCACCUCAGAACAGCCAUUCUUGAGGCAUUCUCCUCCGAGAACACAGCCAUGUGUCCACCUCAGCUGUUCAUCCUCAUGAUGCUUUUAGCACCUGUAGUUCAUGGUGGCAAGCACAAUGAGAGACAUCCAGCCCUCGCUGCUCCACUGCGCCAUGCUGAGCACAGCCCAGGAGGCCCUCUCCCUCCCAGACAUCUUCUUCAGCAGCCAGCUGCAGAGCGCUCUACAGCUCAUCGAGGACAAGGGCCACGUGGAACUGCCAGAGGAGUUCGCGGACCCGGUGCCCCAGGAGCACAGAUUGCAGCCCAAGCUUUCAGCCGCGCCCCAAUUCCCAUGGCAGUGGUCCGCAGAGAGCUCUCCUGUGAGAGCUACCCCAUUGAGCUCCGCUGUCCAGGCACAGACGUCAUCAUGAUCGAGAGCGCCAACUACGGGAGGACAGAUGACAAGAUCUGUGACUCGGACCCUGCUCAGAUGGAGAAUAUUCGGUGUUAUCUGCCAGAUGCCUAUAAGAUUAUGUCUCAAAGAUGCAAUAACAGAACCCAGUGUGCAGUGGUGGCAGGUCCUGAUGUAUUUCCAGACCCAUGUCCGGGAACAUAUAAAUACCUUGAAGUGCAGUAUGAAUGUGUCCCUUACAAAGUGGAACAAAAAGUUUUUCUUUGUCCCGGACUGCUCAAAGGAGUGUACCAGAGCGAACACUUGUUUGAAUCUGACCACCAAUCUGGGGCAUGGUGCAAAGACCCUCUACAGGCUUCUGACAAGAUUUACUAUAUGCCCUGGACUCCCUACAGAACCGAUACCCUGACAGAGUAUUCAUCCAAAGAUGACUUCAUUGCUGGAAGGCCGACCACUACAUACAAGCUCCCUCACAGAGUGGAUGGUACUGGAUUUGUAGUAUAUGACGGUGCCCUGUUCUUCAACAAAGAGCGUACAAGGAACAUAGUAAAGUUUGAUUUGAGGACUAGGAUAAAGAGUGGAGAGGCAAUCAUAGCAAAUGCUAACUACCAUGAUACCUCCCCAUACCGAUGGGGUGGCAAGUCCGACAUAGACUUGGCAGUGGAUGAAAACGGAUUAUGGGUAAUCUAUGCAACAGAACAGAACAAUGGCAAAAUUGUCAUUAGCCAGUUGAACCCUUACACCCUACGGAUUGAGGGGACAUGGGACACUGCGUAUGAUAAAAGGUCAGCUUCCAAUGCAUUUAUGAUUUGUGGGAUUCUGUAUGUGGUCAAGUCUGUAUAUGAGGAUGACGACAACGAGGCCACCGGUAAUAAGAUUGACUACAUUUACAAUACUGACCAGAGCAAGGAUAGCCUGGUGGAUGUACCCUUUCCCAACUCAUACCAGUACAUCGCAGCCGUGGACUACAAUCCCAGGGACAAUCUGCUGUACGUGUGGAACAACUACCAUGUUGUCAAGUACUCCUUGGACUUCGGGCCUCUGGAUAGCAGAUCAGGGCCAGUGCAUCAUGGACAAGUUUCCUACAUCUCUCCACCAAUUCACCUUGACUCUGACCUGGAAAGGCCCCCUGUCAGAGGGAUUUCUACCACAGGACCCCUGGGUAUGGGAAGCACGACCACCAGCACCACCCUCCGGACUACAACUUGGAACCUAGGGAGGAGUACAACGCCAUCCUUGCCUGGCAGAAGAAACCGCAGUACCAGUACGCCGUCCCCAGCGAUUGAGGUGCUGGAUGUUACCACACACCUGCCAUCUGCAGCCUCCCAAAUCCCAGCGAUGGAAGAGAGCUGCGAGGCUGUGGAAGCCCGGGAGAUCAUGUGGUUUAAGACCCGACAGGGGCAAGUAGCAAAGCAGCCAUGCCCAGCAGGAACCAUAGGUGUAUCAACUUACCUGUGUCUUGCUCCUGAUGGAAUAUGGGAUCCCCAAGGACCAGAUCUCAGCAACUGCUCUUCUCCUUGGGUCAAUCACAUAACACAGAAGCUGAAAUCUGGAGAAACGGCUGCCAAUAUUGCCAGAGAGCUAGCAGAACAGACCAGAAAUCAUUUGAACGCCGGGGAUAUCACCUACUCAGUUCGUGCCAUGGACCAACUGGUUGGCCUCCUGGACGUACAGCUCAGGAAUUUGACACCAGGGGGGAAAGACAGUGCUGCCCGAAGCUUGAACAAGCUUCAGAAAAGAGAGCGCUCUUGCAGAGCCUAUGUCCAGGCGAUGGUGGAGACAGUUAACAAUCUCCUUCAGCCACAAGCUCUGAAUGCGUGGAGGGACCUGACGACAAGUGAUCAACUACGCGCAGCCACCAUGUUGCUCGACACUGUGGAGGAGAGUGCUUUCGUGUUAGCCGAUAACCUUUUGAAGACCGACAUUGUCAGGGAGAAUACAGACAAUAUUCAGUUGGAGGUUGCAAGGCUGAGCACGGAAGGAAACCUAGAAGAUCUAAAAUUUCCAGAAAACACGGGCCACGGAAGCACUAUACAGCUUUCCGCGAACACGUUAAAGCAAAAUGGCCGGAAUGGAGAGAUUAGAGUGGCCUUUGUCCUGUAUAACAACCUGGGUCCUUAUUUAUCUACGGAGAAUGCCAGUAUGAAGUUGGGCACAGAAGCUAUGUCCACGAAUCACUCAGUUAUCGUCAAUUCCCCUGUUAUUACAGCAGCAAUAAAUAAGGAAUUCAGUAAUAAAGUGUAUUUGGCUGAUCCUGUGGUAUUUACUGUUAAACAUAUCAAGCAGUCAGAGGAAAAUUUCAACCCUAACUGUUCAUUUUGGAGCUAUUCCAAGCGCACAAUGACAGGUUAUUGGUCAACACAAGGCUGUCGACUCCUGACAACGAACAAGACACACACUACGUGCUCCUGUAACCACCUCACCAACUUCGCAGUAUUAAUGGCACAUGUGGAAGUUAAGCACAGCGAUGCAGUCCACGAUCUUCUUCUGGAUGUGAUCACGUGGGUCGGAAUCCUGUUGUCGCUUGUUUGUCUCCUGAUCUGCAUCUUCACAUUCUGCUUCUUCCGUGGGCUCCAGAGCGACCGUAACACCAUUCACAAGAACCUGUGCAUCAGCCUGUUUGUGGCAGAACUGCUCUUCCUGAUUGGGAUCAACAGAACCGACCAACCGAUUGCCUGUGCAGUGUUCGCGGCUCUUUUGCAUUUCUUCUUCUUGGCGGCCUUCACCUGGAUGUUUCUGGAAGGGGUGCAGCUGUAUAUCAUGCUGGUGGAGGUCUUUGAGAGUGAGCAUUCCCGUAGGAAGUACUUCUAUCUGGUUGGCUACGGGAUGCCCGCACUCAUUGUGGCCGUUUCUGCUGCAGUCGACUACAGGAGCUAUGGAACAGACAAAGUAUGUUGGCUUCGCCUUGACACCUACUUCAUUUGGAGUUUUAUAGGACCAGCGACCUUGAUAAUUAUGCUGAAUGUAAUCUUCCUCGGGAUUGCUUUAUACAAAAUGUUUCACCAUACUGCCAUACUGAAACCUGAAUCAGGCUGUCUUGAUAAUAUCAAGUCAUGGGUUAUAGGUGCAAUAGCGCUGCUCUGCCUAUUAGGAUUGACCUGGGCCUUUGGACUCAUGUAUAUUAAUGAAAGCACAGUCAUCAUGGCGUAUCUCUUCACCAUUUUCAAUUCUCUACAGGGGAUGUUUAUAUUCAUUUUCCACUGUGUCCUACAGAAGAAGGUACGGAAAGAGUAUGGGAAAUGCCUACGGACGCACUGCUGUAGUGGGAAAAGCACGGAGAGUUCGAUUGGCUCAGGGAAAACAUCUGGUUCUCGAACUCCAGGACGGUAUUCCACAGGCUCACAGAGCCGGAUUCGGAGAAUGUGGAAUGACACCGUCCGAAAGCAGUCAGAGUCAUCCUUCAUCACUGGAGACAUAAACAGCUCAGCGUCGCUCAACAGAGGAGCCAUGGCUAAUCAUCUUAUGAGCAAUGCUCUGCUUCGUCCGCAUGGUACUAACAAUCCCUAUAACACAUUGCUUGGGGAACCGGCGGUCUGUAACAACCCUUCUAUCAGCAUGUACAACGCACAAGAGCCCUACAGAGAGACAAGUAUGGGAGUAAAGCUAAACAUUGCAUAUCAAAUAGGGGCUUCUGAACAAUGCCAGGGAUACAAGUGUCAUGGAUACUCUACCACUGAAUGGUAACCAUGGCAACAGUUACAGCAUUGCUGGCGGCGAAUACCUGAGCAACUGUGUGCAAAUCAUAGACCGUGGCUAUAACCACAACGAGACCGCCCUAGAGAAAAAGAUCCUAAAGGAACUCACUUCCAACUAUAUCCCUUCAUACCUGAACAACCACGAGCGCUCCAGCGAGCAGAACCGGAACAUGAUGAACAAACUGGUGGACAACUUAGGCAGUGGGAGCGAAGAUGACGCCAUAGUCCUGGAUGACGCAGCGUCCUUUAACCACGAGGAGAGUCUGGGCCUGGAACUCAUUCACGAGGAAUCGGAUGCUCCCUUGCUGCCCCCGAGGGUUUACUCCACGGAUAACCACCAGCCACACCAUUACAGCAGGAGGCGGCUCCCCCAGGACCACAGCGAGAGCUUCUUCCCUCUGCUAACCGACGAGCACACAGAAGACCCGCAGUCACCGCACAGGGACUCUCUGUACACCAGCAUGCCGGCCCUGGCCGGUGUGCCCGCUGCAGACAGUGUGACCACCAGCACCCAGACGGAAGCCGCAGCGGCCAAGGGUGGUGACGCCGAAGAUGUUUACUACAAGAGCAUGCCAAACCUGGGCUCCAGAAACCAUGUGCACCCGCUGCACGCCUACUACCAGCUAGGGCGCGGCAGCAGCGAUGGAUUCAUAGUUCCUCCCAAUAAAGAUGGGGCCUCUCCGGAGGGGACUUCCAAAGGACCGGCGCACUUGGUCACUAGUCUAUAGAAGACGACACGGGGAUGGCAACCAACGGGACAGCUCACACCCGGUGGCCCAUUCUGAGUCCAUAUAAGCAGUGGUCAUCGUGUGUAACACGUGUGUGACAUCUGAUGCUGUUCUCACAAGAGAGACUCUGACAUUUGGUUUUUUUUGUUUUUUUUUUUUAACUUGAAUUUUUAGGUCAGCGCAGGGGAGAGAGCUAACCGCUGAGAUCCUCCUGUGCCCCAUGCUUUCCCGUCUUUCCCCUCAGAUGGAGACUUCAUUAUGUUAAUGAACGAGAUAAGAUGAAAAUGGCGCUCAUUGUGGCCUUGUUGAGUUAGGUUGUGAUUAACAGCUCUGAUGCUCUGUUACUAGAAUUACGAGGACCUGAUUUUUCUUUCUUUUUUUUUAAAAAAAAGAGAGGCCGGAACUAUUGUUUGAAAUUAGUAACAAUGCUGCAUCUAGAUUGGAGUGCUGCCCAGCCGUAGAAGCAGAGCAGAACUGUAUCCCAUAGCGGUUCGCGGUCACUCGCAACCUGAGUUCACCACAGCGAGCAUAGCUGUGAAAAGCAAAAGCAAAACAACAGAAUUAAUAAUCUGACGGUGGGGGAUUCUAGAAUUAUAUGCUAAAUGCAUAUUUUAUGAUUUGCUGUAUUAACUGAUGAUAAAACUAAUGGCAGAAAAAAAAAAGAAUUGAACAAUUUCUAUGUCAUGUACAGAUACUAGCAUUGCGCAUAUAGUCUGCUUUUUGUUCCUCCAGAAUUUGAGUCCUGUUAAUGUAGUGGCAAAGACGAAAUUUUCCUUUUCUUUUGUGCUAGUCUUGCAAGUUUGUCUACCAGUAAAAGAGCAAAGUUUCCUUCCUUUCUUGUUUUCUUUCUUUUUAUUUGUUCUUUUGUCCCCUCUCUCCCCCACCCCACCUUUUUAUUUUUCCUUUAAAAAUUCACCUGGCAAAAAAUAAUAAUAAUAAUAAUAAAUAAAUAAAUGAAGCUAUCACUUUAUAAGAAUCAUUUUCUAGUAAUGCAAACAAAUUAUUUUUUAACAAAAAAUAAAAUAAAAUAAAUAAAAUUAGACUUCCUUCCCUCCAUAUCUAUCUAUCUAUCUAUCUUUAUCCAGCCCGAGUAUUUCCAACGUCAUUUUUGCAAAUUAGAGCAGGACAAAUUUUACGUUUCCGGGGCACAUCUGUUGUAAUGCGAAGCAUUAUUUGGCAAGCAGUUCAUCACCAAGGCAGUAGCUAUGAUUCUAGAAGCUAAGAGGUGUCUAUAGAGCUAGAGGGGGCUUCUGCAUGUGAAAUGCUGUAAUCCGUAGGCGUUAAAAGUGCUGAAUGGGCAGUCUGACCCCCACGUGGGCACCUGCACUACCAAUUGUUAGAGGAAAUUCACUCCCUCCUAGUGAGAGUUGAAAGGUCAAAUUAUUUUGAGGUAAUUCUUUUUUUUUUUUAAAGUUUUCUGUUAACAGGAAAAUUUAUUUAUUUGACAGGAUUUUAAGUAAUGUAGAGAUACAAAUGGUAAAUUAGCAGCACAUAUAAUUUUUUUUUUAAAUUUAUGAUCCAUUUUGUAUGGUCUCAAGUUGGAUGACCUCAUUACUAAUAUUUGUUGUAAAAGUGAAACUUGUUUGCCGACCAAUAAACAACUGAUUGAGAUUUAGAAGA